ACUUGCACGGUUAGGAGAAGAGUGAAGGUGAGUCGGGAGGAAAAGCCAUUCAAUUUACAGAAGAAUACUGAUGAGUAUGUUGAGGAAUGUCAUUUCAUUUAGAAAAUUCUGCACUUGAUUUUUGAUGGCGUCGGCGCGAGACUGGACAUUGCGUUCCCAGUCCAACAGAUCCAUCUCUGUGAUCUUCUCUUCCCCGAGAUGAGGCUUCUGUGGAGGGGCGGCUCCUGUGGAAAGGCUAUGAUUAUGCCUUCACCCCCCUCCCUCGGCAGGCCAUGGGUUUGGAUGGUGGUGGUGGUCAUAUGGCUCCCUGGUGCUCUGGAGAAGUGUAUCUUUGAUGAGGUUCAGCAGUCGGUCACAGUGGUCACCACACCCACUGAUCCAGACGGACCUCACCCUAAGAAGGCGGCCAGGAGCAAUGUUGGGCAACAGACUCCACUUACUGCUUCAGAGGACACAGCUAAUCCUUUUCAAAUUCGUUCAUUUGCGCUUCAACAUUCUUCAUCCCAGAGACACCACAGGAAGCACAUGAGAGAGCUGGCUCCACCCACAAACCAUCCACAGCCAAUCAGGAUCCACACCUGGGUUCCGAGGGAUAGCCCCGCCCUGUCUCAGGUGGAAAGCGAGAGACUGGAGCCAGCAGUCAGGGAGGCUGUGGGCAUCGUGUCCAGCUUGCUGUCAGUAAACAGAGUCCCUGGUUAUCUGCUGCUCAGCAGAGACAUCAACAAGUACUGCAAGUUCAUAUGGAGGAACGCCAGCUCUGCCAACUAUAACAAGUGUGGCCGAGCCAAUGAGAACUACAGGACGGAGACCUGUCUGGAUGUCAUUGUGAGUAGCAGCAUCUGA